AUGGAGCAAUCGCAUUCUAAGGCUUUCACUUACAACCUAUUACCAUAGUAUUCUAUAAAUUAAAAUUCUUCACCUCGUGCAAUCGCAAUUAACAAAAACAAUACAUUGCUUGUAGUUGAAGCAUACUAUUUCGUUAAAUUUUUUACAUUUAAAAGAGGAGAGAUAAGAUUAUUGUAGAGGUUUGAAUUUCGAAAUUCAAACCAUAAUACUUUAAACUUUCAAAUGCAGAAAUAAGAUAUUGUGUCAAGCUCAUAGAAAUUUGUUUGCAAAUAUUCAUCAAAGUUAAUGGCUAAUCCCAAAUAUAUCUAGAAAUGUUCUGGAUAAUUUAAUGCUAAUUGCUUAAUUCUACACCCUCUCAAUGAAGACAUAAUAAUUGUGGGCAGUUUACUAGGUCAAAUUGACUUUUUAUUCACUAAUUAGAGUGGCAGUAUCAAACCUUUUAAAUAAACUAUUAAAGAGCAUAGUUCAGUACUUGGAUUAUCUAUAAAUAAUGAUGGUAAAAGGGUUAUUUCCUGUGGAAAAGACAAUUUUAUUCUAAUUCUUGAACCCAAUUCCACUAAUUCUGAAUUAUCAACAUACAUUUGGACCGUAAAAUAAAAAUUAUUUGUUGAGCAAUAUGGUUACAGAAUAUGCUUUAUUAAUAAUGAUAAAUUUACAUUCCAACCAUCACAUUCGCCAUACAUGAAUUUAUAUUGUGAAAUAAAUGGUUUUUUUCUUUUAAAAAGCUAACAUUUACUAUCUUCUGAUAAGAAUGAUCCUCGUUGUAUUUUCUAAUAGGUGUACAACAAAUAGAAAUCCCUUAUUUACAAUAUAUACGGAAGAGCUUUAUAAAUUAUUAGGCUUUCAAAGGAUCAAUCUUUGUAAACAGACAAAUCUGAGGAAUCUUUUCAAUUAGAAUAGCUUAUUGAUUUUGGAAACAAUUAUAAUCCAUGGAUUUUUGGUGUAAUUAGUGAAGAUGCAGAAUAUAUAAUCACUUGGGAUUUUUAUUCAGAGUAAAUAUAAAUUAGACAAUUUCAAAAUACCGAAUGA